AUGUCACAAGGGGACCGAGGUAGGAAAAGGAAAUUUGAUCAAACGUUAACUCCUAAACAGAGAACCCCGAACCGUCCCAGAAGUCCGCCUAGAAAAGCAAGGAAUUUUAUUCACAAAGUUCUCCUUGUUGGGUUCACUGAUAAGGAGAGGUCUAAUCAUGAGAAGUUGGUUGUGGGCAACAUAGAGUUUGUAGAUUAUUUGGUUGAUGGUAUCACACAUAUUAUUGUUAAGCCAGCAGCUGUGAGAAUCAAAAGCUUUCGUUGGAUUCCUUUGUAUCUCGGAGUAAUCUCAGGAGCCUGCUUUAUACGAAUCGACUGGUUAAAGAAGUCGUUUGAGAAAAAGCAAAUUUUGAAAGAGGAUCCAUACUUGUUCAAAGGGAACGAUAUCGACAUUCAACUCAAUAAGACUGGUACAAGCACCCACUGGAUUUCUUUUCCCGAGAUUUUGAAGCUUUCCUCUGAAUACGCUGCGAUGGGUGAUAAACGAAUAUUCAGUGAUCCACUGUUUUCCAAAGUUAUGAUAUUGUGUAAAAGAACGAAAGAGGGUAAGCAGAAGAAAAACGAGCUGCGGGCGCUUAUCGAAGCGGGCGGUGGUAGUGUAUGUGCAGAUGAGGUAUUUAAAACUAUCCAAGAUAGAAAAUUUGCUGACUUAAGAAGUAGUGUCACAGCCGCCUUUAUUAUCAACGGAGAUACUCUUCAAGAUAUUGAAAUAGAUGAAGUUUUCAUUUGGAGGCUUCUGACGGGCAAUGUUCCAGUGAUGUACGAAGAGUAUUUGAGAAGGUGCAUUCGCGGCAAGUUGGUCUUGGCUGGGGAGCCCGGAUUAAAGGCAAUGCUUACAAAUUGUUUGUACUUCUGGCAAGAAGAGCACCACCCCAAUAUAGCUUUUGACGAUGAAACAUUUAAUUACAUCACACAAGGGGUUGGCAAACCUACGCUCAGAGCGUUUUCUGCUUCGAGGAAUCGAUCACGUACCAAAUCUCCUCUUCCCAUGGAGGGAAACACGAACACGAUUGAUGAGAGCUUGGGUCAUAUAACACUCACUGACUUUGAGAGUGAAAUAUCGCUCAAUGAUACAUCAGUUCUGAAUCCAGAUUCCAUUAGUUUACCUGAGGAAGAGGAGGAAGAAAAAUCGACAAGCGUGAUCUUCCAUGAUAACAACUUGAGUCAAACAACCCUUUCAAUACUCUCGGACUUCAAUGUUGUUCUGGGUGAAGCGGAUAUGAGUGUUUUCUCACCUAAGCCUCCUCGCACUUGGAUAAAUUGGAGAGCUGAGCUCAGUCUCAUCAUUCCGAAAGCUCUUGCUCUCGCUGGAAUUGAAUCUGGAGAGAUGAGUGCAAAUGCAUUAUCAUCUUAUCAAAUGCUGAAAAGUGACUUCGGAAACUAUGAACCAACUACACCGGUACACGAUCUGAUUUGUCACGACACUGUUAGUUUCAUAAGACAUUCGAUGACUUCAAAUUUCUUGCCGAAUUCUAAGAUUCUUUCGGAAAUGCUGCAUAAUAUAGCUAUGCCUGAGUAUGGUAUGAGAUUCGAUAGUUCUGAUUCGGUGUAUAAGUUGAUAGCCGCUCUCAUGAAACAGUUUCCUCCAGCUCAUAGUGGAGGCAGAGUGUACUGGCUGAAGGUAUUCAGUUCUGUUGAAAUUGCUAAGAAAGAAGAAUGGACACCUGGAAAGAUUUUCAAAGCUGUGCUGAAAUCUUUCAGAGAAAAAGUAUUCAAUACCUUUUCAAAUGGCGGAACCAAUCCAAAUCUUAUGUCUCUGCUUCUCAUGUUGUUAGAAUUUGAUCUGUACGCACUUCAGGGUUGUGGAAUAACAAAUAGUCAGGAAGCUGUGAAACCCACAAUAUCAAGCGAAAGGGCAACUCGAAAAAGGAGUUUGCACAAUGAUGACGUGAAUUUGGAGGGAGUCCCCCUUGCUUACUUAGUUUUGUUCGAGCCCUCGGCGUACCGACGGCGUGGUUUUGACGAGACAUCCAAGAAAGCUCUGUCCGGUGUAAUCGACUAUGUAUCACUACAUGACUCGAAUAUUGAUAUGGUGAGAAAUUGCACGAGGUUUAUUGCUGUGAUAAUCGAGGCUGUACGAUGGUACUCGGUGGAGAUUCUCCAUUGUGCUGAUUCCGAUGAAAUUCCAAUAGAGAUGUUACAAGAUAUCAAAUCCAUUCUGAGAUAUUUCAUUAAGAAAGGCUGGACCCGAUCAUUUUUGAAAGAAGUUUUUCCUCUGGUUUACAUACAUCCCUUGAUUGAACAAUUAGCAUAA